AACGAGGCAGUUUAUAUGCCAGUGCGCGAUGCGCGCGCGCUAGUCGACUCCGUCUCGCGUUCGCCGUUGCCCGCCAUGCCGGCUUGCGCGCCCGAGUACGCCCGCCUCGCGCGGUCUAACACAGAACUUAUCUUCUCACCUCGAGUCAAGAGAUGCUCUCAUCAGCCUCCUCCUUUCACCGCCCUCCGCCGCUCCUUUUCGUCAACGUUUUCGCUCAUCCCUGAGGAGUGCGCCGUCUCGCCAGAGCGCCCGCCGCCACUUCCCCGUUUCAUCAGAGUUAUUACAUGGGGACCCCGAAUGAUGCUCAAACCGUUCUUCGCUUUUCUCAGCUUUAUUUCGCACCCUGCCUGGAAACAAAUCCUAGUGGUGCUUCCGACAUUGUGGAUCGCUGCUUCGCUAUUUAUCUUCUGGAAGUGUGUUCAGUGGCCAAUAGGUGUGCUGCAAACUAUCAGCCGUGCCAUCAGUUUGAGUAGUGUCAACAAACCUCGUACCGUGCUUAUCAGUGGAGGAAGUUCUGUACAGGCUCUACAUUUGGCAAGAAAUUUCCACUCUGCCGGUGCAAGAGUCGUUGCCUUCGAGAUAGAGGGACAAUUCUCGUUAUUGAAAUACUCUGCCGCUGUGAAUAAAUUUUACACGAUAAAGCGGCCAAAUCCGGCAGACCCCCUAGCCUACGCACGCGCUCUGAGAGAGAUAGUCGAAACGGAAUCAGUGGUAUUCUAUGUACCAGUGAGUUCUACGACCCCCGCCUACUACGAUGCGCUAGCGAAACCGCACUUGGAAGUGAUAGGGUGCCAGUGUUUUGUGCCUUGUGCUCGUGAUGUUGUUACUCUGGAUGAUCCGUUAGAGCUGAUGCGAGUGUGCCGCGUUGCUGGACUAGCUACACCUCAAUUUUGGGUGGUAGCGAAUGAAGAUGACGUCAGAACCUGGUAUGAAAGUGGAGCAUCGAAGGAAGGUCGCCAUUAUAUAGCUAGCGCCGGGGCUCGAGGUGCCAGAGACCGAUUGAGGUUUGUUCUACCUGAAGAGAAAACUCAGUUUCGAUUUCCCCGAGAAAUAAGUGCUGAGAAACCCUGGGUUAUUGUUAGAGAGCCGAAAGGAGAGAGAAUCGUGACCUGCACGACGCUAAAAGAGUCGCGAGCUGUCAAUAAUGUGUCCUGCCGUGUGGAUUCAGUGAGAAAAGGCUUGGUGCCACAAAAAGAUGAAGAAGCAGACGCGUGGGUGCAGCGGUUUGUGUCUAGAUUAUCACCGGCGAGACCGAUGACAGGCCACGUGUCAUUCCGACUUGUGCGCGAGGAAACAACCACAAACGGUCAUACCAACAGAUUGGUAGCUAUUGGAUGUCGUGUUGGAGUAUCGUUGCCGUAUUUAUGUCAGAGCUCAACGAAAUGCGGGCAUACAGCAACUAUGGGGAAACUGUUGAAUACGGUUUUAGACACCCGUGAGGCUUUGUUCGCCUUCUGGGACCCAUUGCCUUAUUGCGCAUACUACCAAUCAAGAUUGCCCGAGGACCGCAGGCCGCCUCCGCCGGAGCCUUGCAAAACGCCACCAAACGUACCUCUCUGAGUUUCCACAUGUGUGGAAUAGGGAAUAUUUAUUAAGACACUCAAGUACCUGAAUAGUGCGUGAGUGAAGCUCUC